AUUGGUCCUCGACUCUUUUAUCUCCCCCUCUCCUCCUCCUUCCCAAAACCCCCCCUCCUCCAGCCACUCCCUUAGCUCAGACUACCUCGCCCCUCCCACUACCUUCGCUCAGACCUCUCUCUCUAUAUUUCCUUAAUUCUCUAGAGCUUUAUAUCAUCAAAGAGAGAGAUGUUGUUGGGGAAGCGGCCGAGACCUCCGAUGAGGAGGACGACAAGCAUGACGGAGUUCUCGGGGGACAUCCUCGCCGACGUGGAGGCUCCGCAGCCGUCCGAUCAGGAGAGAGCCCAUCACGGCCACGGCCACAACGGCCACCAGAGGGACCGUCAGCGGGCGGCGGCGGCGGAGAGCAGCGGGGGGCAGAGGAGGUACGCUGGGGCCGCCGGGGCGGAGUGGAUGGACGCGCGGCACCUGGGAGCCAUGGUGUCCCCCCGGGGCGCCGGCUACCGCCGGAGCUCCGGCGACUUGGCGAUGGUGGAGACCGCCCCCUUCUUGAAGGCCUGCAGCCUCUGCAAGCGCCGCCUUGGCCCGGGCCGGGACACCUUCAUGUACAGAGGUGACAUUGCCUUCUGUAGCCUCGAGUGCAGGCAACAGCAGAUGAAUCUGGACGAGAGGAAGGAGAAGUGCUCCCUAACUUCCAUUAAGGACUCUCCCCCUCCCACCACCACCAGCAGCUCCGAGCAGUCCGGUAAUGGUGAAACUAUCGCCGCUGCUUACGCUUAAACUCCAUGCUUUCCAAUGGAAUUCCGAAAGCUUGCAGAUAUAUCCAUUGUGUAUGCCAUAAGGCAAAGGAAAUAGAUGUUGCUGGGUUUUAUGGCUUUCCGGCAUCAGUGCUGUUAUCAGAGAACAUGUUUGAAAGAGCUGAUGCAAGUUAUUUGCCGACUGUCUCUUUCUUCUUCUUUCCUCCUCUUUUUUUUUUUUUUUUUUUCCUUUCUUUUGCUUAUUAAUGUGAAGGAAUGGGAGAUGCUGCAUAUCUUUGUGGCUCUCUUUUUAUUCCUGCGGAAUAUAUGUUUACAGCUUGUGAAUCAAAUCAUGGCUUUGGUUGGCUUGUGAUUCAAGUUGGUAGGUUUCUCAUAUGAGUCAAGUGAUUCCCCAUCUCUGUCAAGUGAUUCCUACUGGCCCUUGGCCUGGGAAGGAGGAAUAGCACAAGCUUUCGGUGACAAAAGAUGUGAAACCGUCAAAUGCUCUUUUCUGAAGGAAGUUUAAUGGCUUUGUUUUUUUU